AUGAAGGAACAGAAGAGACAGAGUGAAGAAAGCAUAGAGUGUUUCAGGUAUGAGGAGCCCUUCACUUUGGAAAUUCUGCUUCAGCUUUUUGGGGUAAUCCUUGAUAAGGCUCCAUCACUGAGGUUUCAGGGCCCCCACAUUUUUGACAGAAGGCAUUACAACAGGCAGCAUUUUGAUAGGGAGAAUCAGAACAGGAGAUUCCAGGAAGGCCACAUGCCAUUUGGUAAUCAAGUAAGUUAUUCCAUGGGCACAAAUAACCAGAAAUAUGUGGGGGAGCCUGUGGAGCGAGAGAUCCCAUUAGACCGAAUGACGUAUAAAGAGCGAGAGAUGCCGCCACAGAGCUUGUUAUGUGAAAUUAAUAGGAAGAAAUUUGGUUCAUCACCCAGCCUUUAUACCACUCCAUCUUCAGAGCUCACGGAGAAAUUCAACUGUGCCUGUCCCCCUGGCUGCACUGGUGCAAAAUGUGAACUUGAUGCAGGUGAGUGUGCCUCUCAUCCUUGCAAGAAUGGAGAGACUUGCAUUGACCAGCCUGGGAGCGACUUCUGCCAAUAUGUGGCUCCAUUUAAAGCGGUUGAUGGCUUCUCCUGCUUCUGCAACCCUGGCUACGCGGGCCUGAGACGUGAACAGGACAUCGAUGACUGCAUCCUGAAUGCCCGUGAGCACAACUCUACCUGCAAAGAUCUCCAUCUCAGCUACCAGUGUGUGUGCCUGCCUGGUUGGGAAGGACGUUUCUGCGAACAAGAAUCCAAUGACUGCAAAAUGAAUCCUUGUGAGAACAGCUCCACCUGCGCUGACCUUUCCCACAGCUAUGGCUGUGAAUGUACAUCUGGAUGGACUGGACAAAACUGUAGUGAAGAAAUAAAUGAAUGUGACUCUGACCUGUGCAUGAAUGGAGCUCUUUGUCAGGAAUCUAUCAUCCCCAGGCAAUUUGUAUGCCUGUGCCCACCCUUUUAUACUGGGAAACUUUGCCAACACUGUAACCCCUGUGAUCCACUCACUGACCCCUGCAGAACCAACUCAACAUGCUUGACUUUGGUAGAUGGAAAUCAUUAUUGUAUUUGUAGAGAAGGAUUUGAAGGGGAACACCGUGAAAUAAACAUGAAUGAGUGCUUCUCCCUUCCUUCUCAGAAUCAUGGUGACUGUGAAGAUGGGGUCAACAAUUUCAGGUGUGUUUGCAGACCUGGGUUUUCUGGACUUUUGUGUGAAAUUGAAACUGAGUGUUCCUCUAAACCUUACAAAAAUAAUGGAGCCUGUGUGGACCUGACAAAUAGAUUUUUAUGUAAUUGUGAACCUGGGUACCAUGGAUCUCUCUGUGAACUGGAUAUGAAUAAAUGUGAAAUCAAACCUUGUCUAGGUGGAGUUCAUUGUGUCAACAGAACCGGUGCAUAUAACUGCCUCUGUGCUCCUGGUCACACAGGCAUCAGUUGUGAAGUAAAUAUAGAUGCAUGUCUAUCAGAGCCCUGUCCCCCUGAUGGAGCCUGUCGAGAUGGCAUCAAUCAUUAUACCUGUGCCUGCAAAAGUGGCUUUUUCAGAGCACGCUGUGAAACAAAUGCAAAUGAUUGCCUCUCAAAUCCUUGUCUGCAGGGAAGAUGCACAGAUGUCAUUAAUGAGUGUCAACGUUCCUGUGAUACAGAAUGGACUAGCUCAAGAUGUGAGAUCAAGAUUAACGACUGCAUAUUAAUCCCUUGCAUGAAUGAAAGCUUCUGUCAGAAGUCAGACGAUGGUUUUACUUGCAUUUGUCCAAGUGGAUACUCUGGUGUAUAUUGUGAGAUAAGUUGUGCUGAGCGUGGACUGAAUAUGGACCUCUGUCUUAAUGAAGGGAUCUGUGUUGAUGAAUCUGGGCGCACUUAUUUCUACAGAUGUCUUCCUAGAUUUUCUGGUCAAUCUUGUGAAAUUAAGAUAAAUGAAUAUUUUUCAUCACCAUAUCUAAAUGGUGCAAACUGUGAAGAUCACAUCAAUGGAUAUAUUUGCAAAUGUCAACAAGGAUGGUCAGGACAUCGCUGUGAGAAGAGUCUUGAGUGCAUUCCCAACUCAUGUGUUCAUGAAAUAUGCAUAAAAAAUGAACCUGGCUUUGACUCGGCAUGUUUAUGCAUACCCAAAUUUGUGACCUGCUCCAUUGAGCUUCUUUGUGGUGAUGAUAUAAGGAGAAUUAGCUGUUUAUCCCCCAUCUCUCAAAAAACAGAUGCCAUUUCUACACAAACAUAUACAGUGCCCUCUUCUGAGAAUUUAGUCAGUAGCUUUCUAUCUUCAAGGGCUACAAGGCUAUGGACUAUAAUGAAUACUUAUUCAUUUGAUCAAGGUUUAAAAGAGACAGACAUUUUCAAGCAUGAUGUUCUCUCAACCACUGGUUUGUCAGCAUUAAGUAUUGGCAUAUCUUUCGAAAGCUAUUUACUGGAAGAACUGAUUUCUACUAGACAGCUUUCAGCAAAACACACUCUUACUUCUUCCAUAGCUGUUUCCUCUUCUCAGUUUCUGAACUUUGAUGUUUAUAACCCAACACAAAUUGUCCGGAGCAGUACAUCUGUAUCACAUAUGCCUGCCCAAACUUCAGCUGGCACACCAGGAUUCUCCUUCAAUAGGGGAGAGAGGACCUCACUUACCAUCUCUUCCUUAAUGGCAGAUUUUAUUUUUCCUACACAAUCUUUAUUAUUUGACAAUGAUCCGACUGUUGCCUUAUCUGCUACCGAAAUGAGUUCAGUAAUUAGUGGCAUUCCAAGGGCUGAUGUUGAGUUUAAAAGGCACUCACUACUCUCCCCUGGAUUCCUGCUCACAGCUGCUUCCACAAGCACCCCGCCAAUUGUUUCUAGAGGGUCUCAAGAGGAUACUGAGAAAUAUUCAGCUGUCUCCGUAAUUUCAAGAAGAUAGUACUGGAGAUUGCUGAGCUCCUCAACAUCUUCCAUUUCUCCUGCUAGGAUAAUUAUAUCUAAACAGGUAGCCGUCUUAAACUCACCCACUCUGCCCAGAUUCACUACACAAGCCUCCAUUCCCACUGACUACCAGAUUAUUACCGAAGCUUCUAGCAACCGGAGACUCACAAAUACCAAAUCACAGACUGCUGAUUCCUUAAGUGAAUCAAGCCAAACACGUGCAACAUGUUCUAUGACUGAAAUAAAAUCGUCUCAUAAAUUCUUAAAUCAAGUUUCGCAUAGCAAACAGUUCCAUUUUUAUGAGACAUUCGGGAUGAGCUCAGCGAUAUUAGCCAGCUGGUAUGCACUAAUGGGAACACAAAGUAUCACUUCUGGGCAUUGGUUUUCUUCUGCUACUGAAAUAACGUCAUCAGUGGCAUUCACAGAACUGUCAUCUUUAUUUCCUUCUAAAAAGAGUACAACAGGAAUAAUAAUAAUUUCAUUCUCACCCUUGGAGGAAUCCAUUGCCCUAUCAAGUAAUUUGGAUGUUAAUUUAUGUUUGGAUAAGACUUGUUUACCCAUUGCCCCUUCACUAAGUGUCUCUUUAAACCUGAUGAAUUCUGAUUUGGCUUCAACACUGGCUACCGGUGAUCCAUGUGUAUCAGGAAACAUUUUUAAAAUAUUGAAAAUAGGACAAUAUGGUAUAACUCUGUGUCCCACCAAAGUACUGAAUCAAGACAAUUUAUUGGGCAUGCAAGAGAGUAAAGGAUCUCAAAAACAGUUCAAGUUUCACCAAAGUGGUAGUUCUCUGGAUUUUGGAUUUAACUUAUGAGGUCAUCCAGAAACUGUAUGUUCAAAGGACCUCAAAUACAACCCUCCACUGUAUAUAGACUCAAUGUCUGAUAUCUCAGAAACAACCGCUAAUGUUGCAUUAUAUACCAUUUCACCAACUCAGUCACUUCCGAUACAGACCUCUUUCCCCAUGGCUGUAUUUAUGCCUGCUCGGACAUAUUAUUCAGAUUAUCUGACUUUAACAUCUGAUUUAAAAGAAGAGUUCAGAACAUCUUCAGAAUGGUCCAGAUGGGAACUUCAGCCUAGUGUGCAUGCCUGGGAGUCUGCUGCUGCAGGCCAGAGGCUCCCCAUCAUUGCAUCUCUUCCUUUGUCUUCACUGGAGUCCAUUCCAGCACCUCGUCAGCUGAUGAUUUCUGAUUUCAGUUGUGUUUGCUAUUAUGGAGAUUCCUACCUAGAAUUUCAAAAUAUAUUUUUAAAUCCACAAAAUAACAUCUCCCUAGAAUUUCAGACCUUCAGCUCCUAUGGACUCCUGCUCUACUUCAAGCAAGACUCAAACUUAAUAGAUGGAUUUUUUAUUCAAUUAUUUAUUGAAAAUGGUACUUUACAGUACCACUUUUUCUGUGCUGGUGAAGCAGAAUUGAAAAGCAUUAACACUACUAUUAAAGUGGAUGAUGGAAGAAACUAUUCACUGCUUAUCAGGCAAGAAUUGGACCCAUGUAGAGAUGAACUGACUAUUCUAGGGAGGACUAUAAGAGCGAGCGAACCUGUCAAUCAUGUGUCUGGAAAACCCCUGCCAGAAUCAGGAUCUGUCUUUAUCGGUGGAUUUCCAGAUCUUCAUGGAGCAAACCAGAUUUCUGGACCAGUUAAGAAUUUUACUGGCUGCCUAGAAGUUUCAGAAAUCAAUAAUUGGGGUUCUUUCAUCCCAUCCAAGGCAGUGAAAAAAAAUCACGUUGAUAACUGCAGAUCCCGGGAUUCUACUCUGCCUGCAGUGCCCUCCGUUGUUGCUCCUCCUGGUGGGGCAGAAGGGGUCGGCUCCCCGUGGGCUUCCCUCAGCCCCGCUCCUGCAGCGCCCUCUGUGUGCCAGGCGAUGUGUGCCACACGGAGGCACUCGCCAUCCCUCUUCCUCUCCAGCGGUGUAUUCUCAUUCCGGUGUGACUGUGCACUACAUUUCACUGGCCGUUUCUGCGAGCAAGAUGCAGGUUUAUUUUUUCCAUCUUUCAACGGGAAUUCCUACUUAGAACUGCCUUUUUUUGCAACCCUAAAUGAGUGGAAGUUUGUCCUGGGGAAGGAACAUAACAGAAUUAUUACCAUCUACUUGACUAUAAAAACAAACACUUUGAAUGGGACCAUUCUCUAUAGUAGUGAGAAGAAUUUUGGACAACGAUUUCUUCAUUUAUUUCUUGUGGAAGGAAGACCCACAGUUAAAUAUGGAUGUGGAAGUUCCCAAAAUAGCUUGACCUCUGCUAAUUAUAGCAUUAGCACAAACGCAUCUGUCCCUAUCACCAUACGCUUCACAAUGCCUGCUGGCAGCCCUGGGGUGGCCUGUAUGAUUGAAAUGACUGCAGAUGGAAAACCUCCAAUACAGAAGAAAGACACGAAAAUAUCCCAUGCCUCUCAGGUACAUAUGGAAUCAAUGUUCCUUGGCCAUAUUCCUGAAAAUGUUAAGAUUCCUAGGAAUGCAGGCCAUAUUUAUUGGUUCAAGGGCUGCAUUGGAGAGCUUCAAGUAAACAACAAAGAAUUCCUCAUUGUUGAUGAAGCACUACGUGGAAAGAACAUUGAGAACUGCCAUGUCCCUUGGUGUGCUCAUCAAUGCCACAGCAAUGGCACCUGUGUCAGCAACAGUGAAAACUGGUUUUGUGAGUGUCCAAGGCUGUACCCAGGCAAGCUGUGCCAGUUUGCAGCGUGGAAACAACCCAUGUAGAAACGGGCCACCUGUGUUCCUAAACCUGGGACAGACGUCGUCUGCCUCUGCCCCUGCGGGAGGUCUGGGCUCCUCUGCACGGACGCUGUUACUAUUACUCAGCCCAGCUUGAGUGGCACGGAUGCCUUCGGAUGCACGUCCUUCCUGGCUUACUCGCGGAUCCCAGACAUCGGCCUCGAUUGUGAAUUCCACUUGAAGUUCCAGCCGGCCAACAACCACUCGGCCCUGCAAAAUAACGUGAUCUUUUUCACUGGGCAGAAGGGCCACGGGCUGAAGGGCAAUGACUUGCUGGCCGGGUACAACCUGGGAUCGGGCGUGGCGGGCGUCAGCAGCGAUCCUCUCGACCUGAGCCUUGGGAUCCACACGGUCCGCCCGGGGAGGCUCUUCCGAAAGGGCUGGCUGAAGGUAGAUGAUCAUAAAAAUUAAUCCAUCAUCUCCCCAGGAAAACUGGUUGGUCUCAACGUUCUCAGUCAGUUUUAUGUCGGUGGCUACAGGGAAUACUCUCCAGGUCUCUUGCCAAAUGGAGCCGGUUUUAAAAAUGGCUUUCAAGGUUGCAUUUUCACCGUUCAGGCUCGCACCGGGAAGGACAGCCGUCCCAGGAGCCUGGGCAGUCCCGGGGCCACCCAGGUGCCGGGCGCGCGUGGCCAGGGUCACGCCUCCCCGUGUGGCCGAACGACCUGAGGCAACGGCGCGUGCACAGACAGCCGAUCUAGCGUUUACUGUGACUGUCCCACUGGGUGGAAAGGAGCCUUCUGCAUGGAGACAAUUUCCACCUGUGACCCUGAACAUGACCCUCCACACCAGUGUAGCAAAGGAGCAACCUGUGUCUCGUUGCCUUAUGGAUACACCUGUUACUGUCCUCUAGGAACCACUGGAGUCCACUGUGAACAAGCUUUAUCGAUAAGUGAUCCAUCUUUCAGAAGCCACGAGUUAUCCUGGAUGUCUUUUGCUUCCUUUCGUAUUCGAAAAAGGACCCAGAGCCAGCUGCAGGUCCAGCCUCUUUCUGCAGACGGCAUCCUGUUCUGCGCGGCACAACACUUACGAGCACAAUCAGGUGAUUUUUUAUGUAUCUCUUUAGUAAAGGGUUCUGUACAACUUCGCUACAACCUUGGUGACAGAACUAUUGUGCUAGAAACUCUCCAAAAAGUAACUGUUAAAGGAAGCACUAGGCAUGUGGUUGAAACAGGAAGAAUCAAUGCAGAAGGCUACCUGGACCUGGAUGGAAUAAAUGUAACAGAAAAAACCAACGCUAAAAUGAACUACCUGGACACAAAUACUGACUUCUAUAUUGGAGGGGUGUCAUCCUUAAGUCUCGUAAAUCCCAUCGCAACAGCAAAUGAACCUAUAGGUUUUCAAGGUCGUGUCCGAGAAGUUGUUAUAAAUAAUCAAGAAUUAACUGAACUAGGAGCGAAAGGUGGCUCAAACGUAGGUGACUGUGAUGGGACAGCCUGUGGGUACAAGGUGUGCAGAAAUGGGGGUGAAUGUAUAGUAAACAGUACCACUUUUUCUUGCAGAUGUUUGCCACACUGGGCUGGAAAUGUGGCCCAGUGUGGCCAGUCUGUGCACUGUUUGAAUCACCUUUGUCUCCACCAAUCUCUGUGGCCUGACCGAGCCUUCUCUUACAGUUGUUUGUGUACUUUGGGUUGGGUGGGAAGGUAUUGUGAAAACAAAACUUCAUUUUCGACUGCAAAAUUUAUGGGUAAUUCUUACAUUAAAUACAUUGAUCCACACUACAGAGUAAGAAACCUUCAGGUCACUCAUAGAUCCUUAAAUUUCAGCACGACCGGAACAGAAGGCGUAAUUGCAUGGAUAGGAAAAGCUCAAAAUGAAGAAAAUGAUUUUCUGGCAAUCGGUCUCCAUAAUCAGAUCUUGAAAAUAGUUAACUUAGGAGAAGGCACCCCUGUACCUAUGAUUUAUAGCAAUGGCACAUUCUGUUGUAAUAAAUGGCACCACAUCAUGGUAAUUCAAAAUCAAACUCUUAUUAAGGCCUACCUAGAUGGUAAUCUAAUUCUCUCUGAGGACAUCGAUCCAUAAAAAAAUUUUGUUGCUCUAAAUUAUGAUGGCAUUGGUGGUUACCUGGGGGGCUUUGAAUAUGGCUGAAAGGUAAAUAUUGUUACUCAAGAGAUUUUUCAAAGAAAUUUUGUUGGUAAAAUUAAAGAUGUAUUCUUUCAGGACUCAAAUAAAAUUGAGUUAAUUGAAUCAGAAGGGUACAACGUUUAUAAUGGAGAUGAACAAAAUUAGGAGUUAAACCCUCGCAGCCCAUAUGCCCAGACUCUCCCUACCUGCCAGUGUCGUCAACCAGAGGUUCAGUGGCCCUAUAAUCCCUGGAGAUGGUCAUCACUAAUAGGGGCCUAUACAGGAUGUGACAAGGUCCAAUGA